UAGGUGGCGCACUCUGCAAACCUGGCCACCAUUUGGAACCGUGCAUUCACAUAGCGUAACCAUUCGUGGUUCGUCAUUAUUUGUUACCAUAGUGCAUGAAUUACCCCUUGAGGUCAUCAGUGAGAAUUUACGACUGGUCAACAAAAGCACGUGAUUGCGACUCGCACCCCCCAUAUUUGGCCGCAUACAUAGAACCGAACGAAGUACAGUCAUUUCUAUAAUUCAUUAAUAUAUCAUAAAUCGUGCAGGACUGGGUUAUAACGACUAACAACCACAAAUCAACCCAAAAAAACCCAAAUGAGCUCUUACUUUGUAAACUCAUUCUCCGGUCGCUAUCAAAAUGGCCCGGAUUAUCAGUUACUUAAUUAUGGGUCGAACAGCUCCGAGAACGGACCAUACAGGGAUUCAGGCACCAUGCAUUCAGGCACUUACGGCUACAACUACAAUGGUAUGGACCUUAGCAUCACCCGUUCAGCUUCAUCUAACCACUUUGGAGUGGUUAAUGCAGAAAACUCCAGAAGCUAUUCUCCAGCUACAGAAACCAGGUUCAGGCAAGCAACGAGCUGCACCCUCUCAUCUCCAGAACCCCUCUCUUGUUCCGGCAAGGACAAUCACGGAGCCAAGGUUUCCCCAUCCGACCCGACUACCUCCUCUAGUUCAGCGAGUAAUUUUACAGAAAUGGACGAGGCCGGAGCAUCCUCGGAUGCCGAAGAGGGCACUCAAGCCAACAACACCAACAGCCAUCCCAGGGCACAACAGCAAGAAGCAACACAGGCAACAACACCAGAACAGCAGCCACAAAUAUUCCCUUGGAUGAGAAAGCUACACAUUGCCCAUGAUGGUAUGGGUGGACCCGACGGGAAAAGAGCCAGGACUGCUUAUACUCGUUUUCAGACCCUGGAGUUGGAAAAGGAGUUCCACUUCAACAGAUAUCUAACCCGACGGCGGAGGAUAGAGAUUGCUCACGCUCUGUGCCUCUCUGAACGGCAGAUAAAGAUUUGGUUCCAGAAUCGGCGAAUGAAAUGGAAAAAGGACAACAAGCUGAAAAGUAUGAGCAUGUCGGCUGGAGCAAGCGCUUUCCAACCAUAACAAAUAGCGUGAAAGACACCGUGCACCAGUACUGUACAGCCAGGCACCUUCCUACACCCCCCCCCCCCCCCCUCCCACGUGUUUGUUAAAUAUUAAAAAUUACUUAUAACUUUUCUGUGGUCCUGCUAACAAUUUGGUUUGAUUUAUUCUGUUGUGUUGUCCUUUUGCUGUUAAAAGUGCUUGUUGCUGUCUUACAUUUGUAUGUGUCAGUGAACUGUUGGUGCUCUGUUGGAAAAGUAGCAUGUUUUUUUUGUGGAUUGUAAAUGGUAUAACUUAUUUAUAAUUGACACGUUGUACAAUUUGAUCUCCCCCUCCCCCCCUCUCCCCAACGUUGAUAAAAUGCUAAAAAAAAAAUCUUUGCUCUUGCACUAUCACCUUUCAGACACACACAUAUAUAUAUACAUACACCUUCUUGUAAGUCUCUGUCUUUAAUGCUGUCCGUGAAAUUAAACAAGGUCUGUCUGUGAAAAGUCCAUGUAGAAACCUAAUUAUUGUCGAUACAUGUGGAUAGAUUCAGAAAUCAGCGACGAUUGUACACGAUUAUUUAGUGAGUUAUAAUGGUUGUAAAUAAUACAAAAAAAUGUUUAUAAUGUCGCCUAUAGCUAGUCUGUAAUGGGCAGAGUGAUGAUGAAUGGCAUAUUUUCUGUGGAAAUCAAGGACACCUAUGUCAAGCUCCGACAGUAUGUUGCCAACAAGCUUUUUGUAUCUGUUUGUAGCUUAAUUCGAAAUAAAGUGAAAGUUUCUUAUGACCA